AUGUCGAUCGUGGCAGUCAAGAAUCUCAUAUUCGGCCGCUCGAAGCGCCGUGGCUCUAGCAGCGCCGCGUCGGACGACACAGUCGUUGACAACACCGACCCUGAGCGUCAACCUCUGCUCACUACCACCAAAUCCAAGACAUCCUCCAUUGAGCAGCAGGAGCCAACACGGCCAUUCCGCCUCGAUGCUCGCAUCAUCUCAGAUGCCACCAUUGGCCUCUCAGAUGGACUCACAGUCCCCUUCGCCCUGACGGCAGGCCUCUCCGCCCUCGGCCAGACCAAGGUCGUCGUCUACGGCGGCCUCGCCGAGCUCAUCGCCGGCGCCAUCUCCAUGGGCCUUGGCGGCUACCUCGGAGCCAAGAGCGAAGCCGCCUCGUACAGGGAAACCAGGGCCGAGUGCGUCCGCAGCAUCGAGCAAGACGGCGACCACGUCCGCGCCGCCGUGCUCGAAGUCUUUGAGCCCUACGAGCUGCCCGCCCAGACCCUCGACGACCUCUCAGCCCACCUCGCCCGCUCGCCGCGCCAGGUCGACUUCCUCAUGCAGUUCCAGCACUGCGAGCAGGAGCCCGCCUCGAACCGCGCCGCCGUCUCCGCCCUGACCAUUGCCGCCGGCUAUCUCUUUGGCGGCCUCAUCCCGCUGUUCCCGUACUUCUUCGUCGGCGAGGGCCAGGUCGACCUCGCGCUGUGGAUCUCCGUCGCCGUCAUGGUCGUUGCGCUGUUUGCGUUUGGAUACGUUAAGACGUGUGCCGUCAGUGGAUGGCACGGCGGCCGGUGCGUGUGGGAGGCCGUCAAGGGUGGUCUCGAGAUGGUCGUCGUGGGCGGAGCCGCGGCUGGAGCGGCCAUGGGACUGGUGAAGUUAUUCGACGGCAUGGCAAAUGGAGGCACUACUGUUGUCAUGUAG